CAUGCCACACGCGCUCUAGUGUGUUGACGAGGAGGGUGAGUAACAGCUGGCAACAAAGACAUGAACUAGGGAGAGGGAGGCCGAGCGUCACCAAGGUGUGUACCUACCGCUCUGAUCCUUUCUGCCGACCCUGCGACGCCCUCGAUCUCUAACGCCAAGCCCGUUCGCUCACUUAAUUCCCUCAAUAGCCAGUUCUGCCUUUGUGCCCAUGCGUGAACGUGCGACCCCUCAACGCCAUGCACCCGCCUUUGCAUGCUAUCCCCGUUCAUCCGCGCGCUUCCCCUUGUCCCGUCAAGCCCAAGUUAGACUCAUCUAGCCCACGCCCGUCCGCCACCGAAUGCCCUCGAUCCCUUUCAUCCCUUGAGCUCACGCAUCCGCCUUCGCCUGCGACCCAGAUCCGACCCAGAUCCGCUUCCGCAUGACUCAUCCAGCUCGCGCGCGCGUGCACGCACAACCUCUCGACGGCCCCUCGACCACUCCUCCCUCGUCCUGGAUCGUUGCCAAAACCAAAGGCACACUCGACCCCGUGCACGCUUGACCCCUCAUCCCCUCAUCCUCGUCGCCCUCGUCCUCUCGAGUUUGCGCACACUCGAUCUCACAUUCGUCAACAGUCCCAUCCUCGACCUAACCUAACUGGCUGGUAGCGUAGGAAGAAGAGGACCGGCAGCGGCGGUGGCGGCUGAGAGACGGGCUGGGAACAUGGAUGGGCGUGGAGGACGAGGAUAUCUAUGGGGAGAUGCACGCUCGCUGACCAGGACAAGCGUCAUGAAGGUGCGUCGUCGUCCCUCGUGGCGCCAGUCCUUCCC